AUGUCGGAUGCUUCGAUUCUUCCAGAACUAGAGCAGUUGCUCGGGGCCCUCACUAGCUCGGACAAUGCAGCUCGAUCUCGAGCUGAGGAGGUUCUUGCGACUGAAUGGGUCGGCCAACGUCCAGAGAUGCUGAUGUACGGACUAGCCAGCUUAAGUACCGUUCGGACCAACAGCAAUCCUAGUUCUCGGUCAUUUGCUGCUGUGCUGUUUAGACGUAUGGCAUCGAAGACUGUCAAGAAGCCAGAGCCGAGAGACCUAUUUAUCUCCAUAGAUAGAGACACCCAGCAACGGGUUCAGAAUAUUCUUAUCCAGUGCUUUGCCGACGAAACAGACCAUCAAGUCCGAAACAAAAUUGGCGAUGCGAUUGCUGAUAUCGCACGACAGAUAUAUGAUGAUGAACGAGCCUGGCCUGAACUUCUGGGCACUCUAUUCCAAGCUAGCAAGUCAGCCGACCCGUCGCUCAGAGAGGGAGCCUUCCGCAUCUUUGCGACAACCCCAACCGUCAUCGGUGGAAACCAGUAUCAAGCCGUCUCGCCAGUUUUCCAAGAUGGUUUCCGUGACGAUGCGGUAUCUGUUCGUAUCACAGCUAUGGAAGCUUUCAGCUCUUUCUUCCACUCGAUCAAAAAGAACCAGCAACUUCAAUACUCCGCGCUCCUCACUGACAUGCUCAACAUCCUUGUCCCACUUCAACAUCCAGAUCACAGCGACAACUUGUCAAGGGCCUUCAUGGCCCUAAUAGAGCUAGCCGAGAUCGCACCUAAGAUGUUCAAAGCCGUUUUUAAUGGGCUUGUGAAGUUCUCUGUUAGUUGUGUUCAGAACAAAGACCUAGGCGACCAGACAAGACAAAAUGCUUUGGAGUUACUAGCUACAUUUGCGGAUAACGCCCCAGGGAUGUGCAGGAAGGACCCCAACUACACUGCUGAUAUGGUAACACAAUGCUUAAGCCUUAUGACCGAUAUUGGAAUGGACGAUGACGAUGCUGCGGAGUGGAACGAUUCUGAUGAUCUUGAUAUCGACGAGAGUGAUAUGAAUCACGUUGUUGGUGAGCAGUGCAUGGACCGAUUAGCGAAUAAGCUCGGCGGUAAAACUGUCCUGCCACCCACUUUCAACUGGUUACCUCGAAUGAUGAAUUCGGCAUCCUGGAGAGACCGACACGCCUCCUUGAUGGCCAUUUCUGCUAUAUCAGAAGGAUGUCGAGAUUUGAUGUUGUCAGAAUUGGAUAAGGUUUUGGAGCUUGUCGUACCUUCUUUGAAAGAUGAGCACCCCAGAGUAAAAUGGGCUGGUUGCAAUGCAAUUGGUCAAAUGAGUACCGAUUUCGCAGGGAUUAUGCAGGAGAAAUACCAUGCUGUUGUCAUGGACAAUAUUAUCCCGGUCUUGGGGUCUGCUGAACCACGUGUCCAAUCCCAUGCUGCCGCAGCGCUCGUUAACUUCUGUGAAGAAGCAGAGAAGGAAAUAUUGGAGCCAUAUCUAGAUCGCCUCCUCACAGCAUUGUUGCAAUUGCUUAGGAAUCCAAAACGCUAUGUUCAAGAGCAGGCAUUAUCCACGAUCGCGACCAUUGCAGACUCAGCUGAGCAAGCAUUUGCAAGAUACUAUGAUCACCUAAUGCCCCUAUUGUUCAGCGCCCUGAGCCAAGAGCAAACUAAGGACACCAGACUUCUUCGUGCUAAAGCUAUGGAAUGUGCUACUUUGAUUACACUUGCAGUCGGAAAAGAAAAGGUUGGAAAAGACGCCGUUGCUCUCGUGCAGAUCCUCGGGAAAAUCCAGCAGAGCGUUACCGAACCGGAUGAUCCGCAAGGUCAAUACCUUUUGCAUUGUUGGGGUCGCAUGUGCCGUGUCAUGGGAACAGAUUUCUUGCCUUACCUCCCCGCUGUCAUGCCUCCUUUGCUCGAGUUAGCUAGUGCUAAAGCAGACGUUCAGUUGAUGGAUGACGAGGAAGAGGUUCAACAGAUGGAGCAAGAAGAAGGCUGGGAGCUGGUCCCCGUCCGUGGAAAAUAUAUCGGAAUUAAGACUUCAGUGCUUGAUGACAAGCAUAUGGCGAUCGAAUUACUUGUCGUAUAUGCCCAGCAGUUGGAGGCCGCAUUUGAGCCAUAUGUCGCCCGCGUUCUAGAGCAAAUUGCCUUGCCGGGUUUGUCAUUCUUCUUCCACGACCCCGUCCGGACGGCAUCUGCUCGAUGCAUCCCACAACUCCUCAACGCUGUCAAGAAGGCUUCCGGCCAAACCUCGCAAAAGAUGGUAACCAUCUGGGGCCCGACUGUCAAUAAAAUAUUAGAAGUGAUGAAUACGGAACCCGCGGUUGACACCCUCGCUGAGGUAUACAGCUGUUUCUAUGAGUGUGUCGAGGUGGUUGGACCAAAUUGCCUGUUGGACCAGCAUCUCGUUGCCUUUGCGAACGCUUGCAAAACAACUUUGGAAGAUUAUCUAAAGCGUGUUCAGCAACGUGAGGAGGAAAGACAGGGACUUGAAGAAGGCGAGGAGCUUUCCGAGGAUACUUUGUAUGCUUUGGAGGACGAUCAAACACUAUUGGCCGAUAUGAACAAGGCGUUCCAUAACGUCUUCAAGAGUGUCACAGUUCGUUUCCUCCCUUGCUUCGAGCCCCUCCUUCCUCUUUACCAGAGGUUCAUUGCUAGCCCAGACGCUAGUGACCGUCAGUGGGCCUUAUGCAUAGUUGACGACUGCAUUGAAUUCUGUGGCCCGGAGAGUUGGAAGUACCGCGAGUAUUUCUUGAAGCCGCUCAUGGACUCCCUCCAGGACGACAACCCAGCUAUCAGACAAGCUGCUGCCUAUGGUAUUGGUAUUGCCGCCAAGUCAGGAGGCCCUGUCUAUGCUGAGUUUGUCGCUGCCGCCCUUCCCGCUCUUUUCCAGGUAACUCAACUUCCCAAGGCCCGCGUCGAGGAUCAUGUGUAUGCCACCGAGAACGCUUGUGCCUCGAUAGCGAAGAUUCUACACUCAAACUCCUCGAAAGUCGGAGACGUUCAGGCUGUUGCGACAGCAUGGAUUGAUACCCUUCCUGUUAUCAAUGAUGAAGAAGCAGCACCAUAUGCCUAUGCAUUCUUAGCCGAAUUAGUUGACCAGAAAAAUCCAGCUGUCGUCAAUCAGGCCGGAAAGGUAUUCGACCUGGUUGUCCAGGCUCUUGACGCAGACACUUUGAGUGGUCAGACAGCUGAUAGAGUUGUUGCAUCCAUGAAGAUACUCUUGCAGACGCCAGGGAUUAAUCCCCAAGCUAUCCUAGCUGGGAUCCCAGUUUCAAGACAUCCUGUUGCGCAAAAGUGGUUUUCGUCGUAG